AGAGAAUCGGUGUGGGACAAGUGUUUCCGGAAGACGUGGCUGUUGAUGCUGUGGUAGCUGCUGUCAGCCAAACCAUUGGAAAGAUUCAACAGAUUGUUUUUAUUAUUUAGUUUUUUCUUUUUUUGUUUUAAAGCUGAAUUCCUGAUUGACCAUCGAGAUGAUUUCGCUUUCGGAUUCACAAAAGAUCGGGAUCGGCCUAAUGGGGUUUGGAGUGUUUUUCCUCUUCUUUGGGAUGAUCCUCUUCUUUGACAAAGCACUGCUGGCCAUCGGAAAUAUCUUGUUCGUCGCUGGUCUGGCUUUCGUCAUCGGGUUGGAGCGGACGUUCCGCUUCUUCUUUCAGAAGCAUAAGUUGAAGGCCACCAGUUUCUUCCUGGGAGGAGUGCUUGUUGUUCUUAUUGGCUGGCCUAUCGUUGGAGUCGUGCUAGAGGUCUAUGGAUUUUUUCUGCUCUUCAGGGGCUUCUUCCCGGUUGUUGUUGGCUUCAUCAGAAGAAUACCGGUUCUGGGUUCGAUCCUAAACCUGCCCUUCAUCAGUGCACCUGCCUAAAUGUCUGAGGAUAAUCAGCAGCUGUGGUGAUUUGGUGAAGUAAUGUGAGGAAUCAGUUAGGGGGGAGCAGAGUCGGGGACAUGCUUGAUGCUGACGUUGCAGAGGGACUGGCUAUUCUUAGCACUCGGUGGGGCUCCUCGUUGGGUAACAUCCGGCCCCCAGCCUCUGCUGUCGGACUGCCUGCUCCCAUAACGGCCUCUGGGUGGCAGUAAAGCUCUGCUUCCAUUUCAGAGACUCUCAGAACAUCAUGGACACUAAAAGAAACCGAAAAUACUGAACUCUAGCGUUUAAAUGAAUUAAGAAUGAAUUAGUUCAUAUUUUCAAGAAGUAACUGUUUAGAAGAAUUGACCGUUUUAACGUUCCUUCUUCAUUGCUGCUCUCUGUGAGCCUGUGUCCUCGAUCAAAAGCUUUCUUCUGCAUGAGGACAAACUCUGGUAUGGAAAUGUGGAUCUCCAGUAACUGCAAAUAGAUUGUUUGUGGCGAGCAGCUCUUAUAGGAUCUAACUGACACAACCUCCUUCACUCGGCUCCUCUUUUGCAUCACUGAGCUGUUUUAUAUCUACCAGCCUGUUAUUUAGGGAGGUUUGCCUGAGAGCUGCUACAGAAAGUAGGAAAAAACAAUGUGUGUUGGUUUGACUUACUGGUCAAAAACUGUAUGGAGUUUAACUCCAGUAAAAGUUGGAUGGUUUACACUGAAAAAGUCAACAAAAAGUCAAUAAAAGUUUUCUUCAAAUAAGGACAAUUUUCACUUCAUUGGAUUAGCUGAAUAAAAUAAACUGCCAAAAAGAC